AUGCCAUCACCCUCUGCGUGUAUCUACGGGAACUGUCCUGACCUCCUGGGGGGCAGUCACUUGUCAGACAUCGGCCUGGCUCUGGCCAAUGUCGACGACGACAACUUCGGCUUCUGGGCCUUACAGCACCCCAAUAGUGGCCAGUCCCAGCCGACCCUCUCAGACAACGUCGUCUCCUCACAUCCUCUACCCCCCGGUCUUACCACUGAGUCGGCCGACUUCUGCAAUGCUUUCGUUUGGAUGACCCCUGAGAAGCCUUGCGGCCACUGCUCCAUUGGAGGAUUCUCUUGCAAGAUCAUCCAGAAGGGUUGGUAUAAGGGUUACUGCACCUCUUGCGUCGCUCUCCGAUGCGAUCUCCUAAGUGCCUCCCUCUCUGAAUCCUCCCAGCAGCCGUUUUUCAUGCCCUCUUCUGCCGAGAUGGGUCCCCUCGACCAUGGCUUAGACACGCGCUGCCCGCCGCCCAUGAUCGGCACGCGCUUCUCUAGGGAGUCAGUCGAGAUCCUUAAGAACUGGCUCUCCUCCCAUAGCCAUCACCCCUACCCCGACGAGAAAGAGAAGGAGAUGUUGCAGGGCCAGACAGGCCUCAACAAGACCCAGAUUGCCAACUGGCUUGCUAACGCUCGCCGUAGAGGCAAGACCCAGCCCACCAAGCUCACCCCCCCUCAUGUUCGCAACAACCGGGCCGACCCUAUCGACAUCCCCCACCGCCCCGGCACACCUGCCUUUGACAGCAAUACUCGCAACAUAAGUCCGCUGGAGCGUUGGGUUGACUCCCCUCCUGAGAACGAACCCGCCUCGGUCACCGCCAUUGCCACGGCCGUCGCCUUGAACUCGGACAUUUCCUUCGCACUGAACAGCCCGCAUAGCUUCGCCUUCUCCGACGAUAGCUCCAACCGCUCAUUCUACAAUAUCUCAUCCGCGAGCAGUGCUGGCACUUCCAGUGGUGGCUCCUUCGCUUCGGCCUACUGGCAUGGCUCCUUCGCUUCGGCCUACUGGCAUGGCUCCUUCGGCUCUGUCGGCUCCAUGACCCAACAGCGCAGCCACCGCCGUCGCAGGAAGAGGGCCGCCCCCAAGCGCGAGAAGAAGACCUCCCUAGCCACCCCUCUCAAGACUUUUGAGUGCACUUUCUGCACCGAGACCUCCAGGACUAAGCACGACUGGCACAGGCACGAGAAAUCACUCCACCUCUCUCUCGAACGAUGGAUCUGCGCUCCUGAUGGCCCUCGGGGUCUCGAUUCCCAGAGCAACCGGAUCUGCUGCGUCUUCUGCGGCGAGGUCGAACCCAACGAUGCCCACAUCCAAAGCCAUAACCACUCGGCCUGCCCAGAGAGGUCGCUUGAGGAGAGAACGUUCUUUCGUAAAGAUCACCUAAACCAACACCUGAGGCUCGUGCACGGUGUCAAGUUCCUCGACUGCAUGAAGUCCUGGAAGGUCGCUAGCCCCGAGAUCCGAUCGCGCUGCGGUUUCUGCGGUAUCCGGAGCAUUUCAAGACAGGUAAUACUAUGGCUGACUAGAAGGGCAACUGGGGUUUUAAUGCCCCUAUGCUUAGUAUGCUUGAGAAUUUUAUUCCGCCGUAAUGAACGCCGCUCUCCAUUCCCCUUUAUUGCCAGCGGCGCGCCGGUUGAGACCCCCAGGAGUGCCUAUGACUUGAUCAAGCUAGAACUGGAAUAUUUCACGGUGAACCACGAGGAGAAGAUGGGCACUCUUCCGAGCGACGAGGAUAUGCAGCUCGAGGCCUGUCGUAUCAUUUUCGCCUCUGAAGUCUUAUCUCUCCAGGGCAUCUCGGCCACGACAUCACUCGCCAAGCCCAGUUCGGCCCUAUGCGUCAAGAAUAAUGGCGAGGAUAACCUAUUUGAGCAAUGCCCACUUGAGCAACAGCUCCACGAGUACCUGCGGGCGAAGCCCCUCCUGAGUCUUACGACCAUGGAUGAUAAUGAGCUCCAGCUGGAGGCUUGUUGCAUCGUUGGCCGCAUCGAAGAAGCCGCAACCCCACCGUCCGACUUUAUUGCCGACUGGCUCAUCAGACUCACCACUUCCUCCACCAGCUGGCUGGCCAGCUUCCGCCAGCACGCUCAGCUUCCGAGCACCGAGGACAUGGCCGACUGUAGCUCCAGCCCAACCGCUCCGAACGUCGUCGACUCCACCAUCCACAAACGCACAGCGAGCCAUGGAUAUCGAGCCCUCGGACGAAGCCCUCCAGCGCCAGGCUCGUAUCAUCAUCUACGAUGGCUCAACGCCUUCAAACAGCGCCACAGCCAGAACCCGAAGAAAGCACAUACAUUCGUCACUUGCGACAAGCCAGAGACGAUGACGCGCCAGGCUCAACGCCGGCGGCUUAAUGCGGUGGCGCAGACGCAACCUGCUAGGGCAUUGUCCGGAGGCUGUUCAGCGGUGACCCCUGCCGCAGUUGCUGCGUUCCUCGGUGGGCCGUCGGGACAGGCGGGCAAGCAGGGUGCGUUCCUCUUGACCGACGCCAACUGUUACCGUCGUCUCGCUCGCGAGUUGACUCGCUUCGUCUCGUCCACCAUGUCACCCAACAAUCCGAACUGGCAUGUGCCGACUGAUGCCGAGAUCCAGCAUCAGGCUCGAUGGAUUUUGUUCGACGACGAUGACCCCUGGAACCAGACCGCCGCUGACAACGCCGAGUGGCUCUUACGAUUCAAGCGCGAUGCUGGCAUUCUCCCUCCGGGCCCCGGUCUCACCCUCGGCACGAAUUCAUGGAACCUUUCCCAGGGCGGCACGGGCUUCGCUCCUCCAUAUGCCUUCCCGGGCAAGAGAAUACUGCACGCUGCUUCGACCACACCGGCCUCGACCGACAUCUCGGGCGGUACAAAUACACUGCCUGCCAUGGCCGCAUCCACCGCCGCACUGGACAAGUAUAUUGAGACAUUCGCCUCCCGUUACGAGCGCCCCGCCGCCGUCUUAUGCUCGCGCGAGCUCGAGACCGGCCUCGUCAGAUAUGUCAAGGCCGAUAUCGCUGGCGGCACCGGCUUCCCCUCAGAUGAGGCGCUCAAGCUGCGCGGCCGCCACAUUGUCGGCAGCAAGGAGACAGCCGCUGACGACCCCACACUUCUGGGAAAGUUCAAGGUGUGGGUAAUGUCGCAGCUCCGUCCGCCGCAAGAGCAGCAGCAGCAGCAACAACAACAGCCUAUGACCAUUCCCUCGGCCUUAUGCUGCGAUAGUAAUAUAAACCUAACCCAUGAGGAAAUAGACAAUGUUCUUACUAAUAUAAGCUUUAAGUAA